UCUAUUCCUUAGCAACGCUUGGCUCCCUGGGAGUGGUGGCGGUUGAUUCAACAUGGCGGCAGCAUCGGAAAGGAGUGAAAAUUCGGGGAUAUUUUGGAUGAAUAGCGUGUCAGAUGAUGAACAGCCUUUGGUGUUUAUUCCUGGGGUGGACGGAGAGGUGAAGAGUCAGGCCCCUUUUAACCUGAGACCAGUCAGCAGCAGGGCAUCUAAGAAAAGAGGCAACAAGAUGGGAAUGAAGGGUACUUCUGACUGUAAAAAACAAGCCACACAAAGAACAGAAGUCAAAAAGCAGAACCACUUACAAAGUGAUCACUCAGGGGCUUAUACUAAGGAAAAAGUGUCUGUCCACCACAAUGCUGCUGUGAUGACACCUCAAACCCUUUCCUCAGAUACUUUCCUCCCUGUCUCACAGGUAAUUUCUGAAAUCAGCAAAGCUAAGAGUGAGGUCUGUUUGAAAGACCUUUGUCCUGAAGAUAAACGACGAAUUGCAAACCUCAUUGAAGAACUAGCUAGAGUGAGCGAGGAGAAAGAAGAGUCGGUGCAGCGUCUGAAAGACGAACAGGGAAAUUUUGAACGCAAGAUUCAGCAGCUAGAGCAACAGAACCUGUUCAUAGCACAGGAAAGGGAAAGUCUGCAGCAGCAAUACAAAGAGUGCCAGGAGCUGCUUGGGCUCUACCAGCAAUACAUUUCUCAGCAACAGGCAAAACUCAAUCAGUCCAUUGCCCAGCUCAGCCAGACAUCAAGUCACAGCAAGGUGCAUAGUAGUGAGGAACUCCCCAGCAGGACAUCUACAAGCAGAGCUAAUAGCUCACUCUUUGAUGGCUCAUACCUCAGCCAUGCUGCUACUGCAGCACCCCAACCUCGAUACAGGAAUGGUGAUAGAAGAAGAGGAACAGUAGAGACCUUUAGGAACACUGUUGGUCUUUCCUGUGUUAGAGAGUUAAGUCCAACUGAUGGGCCAGUCAAACAGCAUAAUGGUCAGAAAAUGGAGUGCAGUGGCGCACACUCAUGCCACAGAUGUGAUCAUUGUGAAUGCAGUGAUCAUGACACUGUCUAUGGAACACAGCAACGAAGAAAUCACAGUGGCUCUCGUCUAGUUACUGGCCUUCGUGAUACCUUUAACCAAGAUGAGUGUAAAAGGCUCCAUAGUGGAAAUAUCAUGGACUCUGAGGCCAAGGAAGCUUUGACCAGACCUCUGCUGGGUCAGGAGGACUGGGAGGAGAAGAAGCACCAGCUGCUGCUGCAGAAGAUGCAGUUAGAGAUGGAGAGAGAGAGGCUGCAUGCACGGCUGGCUGAGCAGGAGGAAAGACUCCAGAGACAGAAUCAGCAACUACGGCAGUCACAUCUUGAUUACAAGAGGUUUCAACAAGCUUUUCAAGCUGAGCUCAGCAGCUCAAAUACUCGCACUGGAGGUACAGAAGAGCAGAAUCCUUCCCACCAAGAUUUACCCCCCAGUGUGUGUGAAGAUGCAGAGGUACAUCCUGCAGGACAGAGCUUGCAUGAAAAACAUUCACAAACUGUACCUGAUCAUCUGAACAAUGGCAGUGGACAUUUAAAACAGUCCACAAGAGACGUGGCCACAUCUCCAGCAAAGUUAUCUGCAGGCCUGAGUAAGGCCACCUCAAUAUCUGCAGUCCCAAAAACCCCAGACACCAGCAGGAAAAGCAGUCAGGGGAUGAAACUCUGGCAGAGUGACGAUUGGAGAGAAGCUUAACAGGAGUUAACAGGUGAGCCGGUCAGCUAGUCCAGCUUAUGCUUCCUCUCUCACCGCUGAUGACGCCCUCUCCCUGGGCCCCCUUAAGUGAUGUUGGAGACUGGAGGACUUGUUCUCGGAACAACGGGGCGUGCAGCAGAUCAUCACGGAGGCCGGGUGCCGAGCUUUUAUGGUUUUGUUUUUUCUGAUUACUUGUUUUUGUUUUCAGUUCAGUUUAGCGUCAGUUAGUUUCCAGAGUGGGUUUGCUAGUUUCAAUUUAGUUUUCAGUGCUUGAAAAUGUUUAGUUGUA